AUGUCGAGCUCAGAGCAAGACCGUCCAGUCCACACAGUCAAGGAGAAAGAAGAUCCCACUACCAGCGACGAGUAUCUCCACGGAGCUCGUCUAGCUGCUCUCAUCGUGUCGCUAAUGCUGGGCAUGUUCUUGGUCGUGCUUGAUAACACCAUCCUCGGUACAGCGAUCCCAAAGAUCACAGAUGAGUUUCACGAUCUCAACAAAGUGGCGUGGUAUGGAGCAGCGUUCUUCAUGACCUUCGGUGGUAGCUUCCAAUCGACUUGGGGAAAGCUUUACAAGUACUUCCCUCUCAAACUCUGGUAUCUCAUUGCGAUGGUCAUUUUUGAGGUCGGAAGUCUGGUAUGCGGGCUUGCUCACAGUCCUACGACCCUCAUUGUUGGUCGAGCGAUCGCAGGCUUGGGCGGUGGUGGCAUGAUUGUCGGCGUGUUCACGAUAACCGGGUUUGCUGCGUCGCCCAACACACGCCCGCAGAUCAUGGGCCUGAUGGGCGCCACAUACGGCAUCAGCGCGGUGCUGGGACCACUUAUCGGCGGCGCAUUCACGGAUCGAGUGUCCUGGCGAUGGUGUUUCUUCAUCAAUCUUCCCAUUGCCGGAGUAGCAGCCGUCAUUGCUUUCGUAUUCUUCAAGCCUCCGGACGCGGCAAAACCGGCACAAGCUACGCUUAAGGAGAAGAUACUACAACUCGACCUUGUUGGAGCGGUUCUCAUGAUGGGCUUGAUCAUCUCGUAUGUUCUGGCGUUGCAGUACGGUGGGCAGACGCAUUCCUGGUCGAGCAGCGUUGUCAUAGGUCUUCUUGUCGGCUUUGUCGCCAUAACCAUAGCCUUUGUAUGCUGGGAGACUAUUCAGAAGGAGCGUGCAAUGCUCGUACCGAGAUUGAUCACGCAGCGCUACGUCGCCGUCGGCUCGAUCUUUAUGUUCUUCUUCGGUGGCGCAUACUUCACGCUGCUCUACUAUCUUCCCAUCUACUUCCAAAGCAUACACAACAGUAGCCCCAUCGGAUCCGGCGUCCGGAUGCUAGCCCUCAUUAUUCCGCUCACGAUCGCCGCUAUCAUGCAAGGCUUUGCUAUGACCAAGGUCGGGAUUGUGCCUAUCUUCUGGAUUGUUGGUGGCGCGAUUGCAACAGUCGGCUGUGGGCUGCUCUAUACCAUGGGAGUUGACACAUCCGCAGGAAAGUGGAUCGGGUACCAGAUAUUACUCGGCUUCGUUGUGGGAAUCACGUUCCAAGUCUCUUUAACCAAUGCUCAAAUCUUUGCUAAGCCGGAGGACAUGUCGCAGGUUACGGCUAUCGUCAAUUUCUUCGUCACUAUUGGAGGUUCAUUCUUUCUGGCAGCCGCACAAUGUGCUUUCAACAACCAACUAAUCAAACAGCUUACGAUGAGACUUGUGGAAGUCGAUCCUGUUGUCGCUCUUGGGACUGGCGCAACGCAGAUUCGUCAAGCUUUCACUGCCUCUCAAAUCCCUAUCGUCCUCGAUGCCUACAUGACAGGGUUGAAAGCUGUCUUUGCGAUUAGCAUUGCCGCAUACGGCGCGGCCACGAUUGUGGGCUUCUUCGGUAGCUGGAAGCGACUCCCUGCAGGAGAGCUAGGAAAGCUUGCCGGUGGGGGAGCAUAA